AUGCCGUUCGGCGAGGGUUUUCUUCCGGAGAUGGAGAUUGACCCUCCUCUGAAUCUGGUUCAGAGCGACCUCCUAAACUCCGUGGAACCUGAAUCGCCAGUCGCUGAGGUUGCAGGUCAAACCGUUGUCACGCUGGACGAUGAGGUUGGCGUGAACGAAAUUGCGUUGGGCAUUCCCGAAGCCGACAUGGAGCUGCAAGCCGAGGUCGAGGCCGAGGCCAACUUGGCCGUAUCCGUUCCGCCGUCAUCCAUCAAGAAGCGUGGCAGACCGUCCCUCUCCACCUCGGCAACACCCGCCAAGUCAGUCGCAUCCAAAACGUCCCGCUCAACCAAGAGCACCGCGGCGCCCCAGAGCGCGGGCCGUAGCACCGGCAAGCGCAAGGCUGCCGACGCCGAGGCCGAGCCAGAAGAGAACGAGGCCGGACCCACCCCGGCGAAGAAGCGCGGACGUCCCGGCCGUCCCGCGACUACUUCCGCCAGUGCGCGUCUCGCCGCCAAGGCCGCGAAUAAGUCAACCCGCGGUCGCCCCAAGUCCAUCACUACUGCCGCGAAGCCCGCCAAGAGGGCAGGGCGUGUUCCCAAGGCUUCGACCAACGGCACUCUCGCUGCGGACGAAUUCGAGGUCGAGGACAUCGUGGACUCGGCCAUCGACGUCGACACCAUGGAGCACAUGUACCUGGUCAAGUGG